AUGACACCCACUCACGACCGCCGCACCACCACCGUCACCAAUGGCCACCACAACCCACAACCCUCAUUGACCACCCACAACCAGCCCGGGAUGCCCCAACACCACAAGAACAACGCGGCAACACCACGUCACCAGCUCUGGCAAGAAAACGAGCGCCUGCAACAUCGACGCGACAACGAGGACAGUGACAACGUUGUGUGCCAACCCAGGUGCCACGUCGCUUCUAGCGACGUGGCAACCAAACGACGAAUGACAACCAAUUCGCUGUUCGUCGUCCGGACUGACACGACACAACGACGGUGCAACGCCAACACAGGACAGCGACGACUCAACAACAAUACGGAACUACCAUGCGACUACGACACGGGACACGGAUGUGCCACGUCAUCCCAGAUGGCGACAACACAUGCCGUCAUCACCGUCCACAGUAGACAGUGGCCAUCUACAAAGAAAUCAGUAGAUUCAGUACACACAAGUAGCUCUGGUAGCAAGGUGUACCAGUGCCUACCUAAGUGGAAGGAGGGUGUACCGAGGGCUAUCAGUAACUUGUUUGCGGUAGCGCAUCUGGCUAAGUUCCUCUUCGCCGGUCAUCCUUUCUCAAUCCUCGGCAAUUCUAUCCUGCUUAGGCUACCGCGUUGGCAAAGACGACGGACACCUGGGGGCCUGCUAUGGCUCUGGAUUCCGAAUGUUUUUGAGGUCACGUCGAAUCCCAGCUGGCAUCUGGUUCCAGAGUAUCCUCAUUUGGCCUCGCUUCUCCGAAUUCUUCUGACAUCAUCAUUCUUUCAAGGUUUCGUCCGUAUCCCACAUCGUCGCUUUCAAGCUUUUCCAUUGGUUCCCAAGACUGAAGGUCGGCCUCAAGUUUAUCCGUUCAACUUAGUUCUCUCGUGCUCUUCUGCGCUCUCCCACCUUAUCGGUUCUCUGCCCAAUCCUUUGCAGGAGACCAUCGUGUCCCCAUCUGGUAUCAUUCUAACACCACGGGUUACGAGUUCAACAUACCCCCUCGCUCUCCACGGUGCCUCUGGUUCUUCCCCUUUUUCCACGAUAAGGGAAUCUCACUUCUCUCAAAGCCUCCUCUUGGUUUUUGUUGCAGGCACUUCUCAUGUUGUUGCGCUCACUGGACGAACACUCAAACGUCGAGGUCCCCAGACAUCAGCCGUCUGCGGCGUCGACUUUCUGUGCCAGGUGGAUAAUUCCCAGGGGAUAUCGCCGUGCUUAUUGGCGGCCGUGGAAGAGGAUGGUGCAGCUUUUGGUGAUUGUGGUGGUGGGUUUGACGGGAUGAAUUUGGUCAAGCUGAGGCCGGAUCCUGAGGGCGAUAGGGUUGUGCAAAAGAUGGCUCUGGAGGAACUGGGAGAGUUGUUGGAGAUGGCGCAGAAGAUGGAUAAUAUGAUGCAGGAACAGGCGGAAAAGGUGGCGGAGGAAAUACAGGAGGCGAUGGGGGACCUGAUGGAUGAAGUUUCCGAGUCUAGCAAGACCUUGGCGAAGCUGCCAGUGUUCAAGGAAACGAAGAAAUAG